AAAAAGUUAAAACCCACCAACACCCCCCCCCCUCCUCUCUCCCCUUCCUGUAUAAACUCGCGUUCGAAUACCACCUCAACCAAAGCAGCACAAAAUGAGUACUGCACAAACAAACCCAACAGACACUACCCCUCCUCAUCACCCACACGACGACCAAGAAGAGGUGGGCAAACAGGCAGUCUGGCUAGCCAACGCCGUGGUACUUCCAAUGGUCCUAAAAUCAGCUCUGGAGCUCAACCUCAUCGACACCAUCUCUGCCGCGGGCGACGGCGCGUACCUCUUACCUUCCGAGAUCGCGGCUCAUCUCCCCACCCGCAACCCCGACGCGCCGAUUCUUCUGGACCGGAUGUUAAGGCUUCUGGCGAGUUAUGAUGUCUUACGGUGCCGUUUACGGACCGGAGAGAAUGGUGAUAUGCAGAGACUGUAUGGUGCGGGACCCAUAUGCGAGUUCUUGAUGAAGAAUCAGGAUGGUGGGUCUGUGGGACCGUUGCUUUUGUUGCACCAUGACAAGGUCUUCAUGGAGAGCUGGUACCAUUUGAAUGAUGUUAUACUCGAAGGGGGGAUUCCAUUUAACAGGGCUUAUGGAAUGACUGCAUUUGAAUACCCAGGAACAGACCAAAGGUUCAAUGGGGUAUUUAACCAGGCAAUGUCGCAUCACACGACCUUGAUCUUGAGGAAGAUCCUUGACAUUUACAAAGGAUUUGAAGGCCUCAAAGUGUUGGUUGAUGUGGGUGGUGGCAUUGGAGUGACUCUCAAUAUCAUAACUUCCAAGUACCCUCAUAUUAAAGGCAUUAAUUAUGAUUUGCCUCAUGUUUUAGCUGAUGCCCCAUCUUAUUCAGGAGUUGAGCAUGUUGGGGGAGACAUGUUUGUUAGCGUUCCAAAAGGUGAUGCUAUUUUUAUGAAGUGGAUACUCCAUGACUGGAGUGAUGAGCAUUGCUUGAAGCUUCUCAAGAACUGUUGCGAAGCCCUCCCUGACCAUGGUGGAAAGGUGAUUAUCGUAGAAUCAAUUCUCCCCGAGGCUCCUGAGAAUAAUGUUUCUUCACAUAUCGUCUUUGAACAAGAUCUUUUCAUGUUAGCUCAAAAUCCUGGUGGAAAAGAGCGGACAAAGAAGGAAUACAAGGCCUUGGCGAUAAAAUCUGGAUUUUCGGGUUGUGAAGUCAUAUGCAGUGCUUAUAACAGUUGGGUUAUGGAGUUCUACAAAAGUGUAAACCCUUAGCUUCAUUGCAAACUUAAGCUACAGUCUUUGGAGUUGCAUUGUAAGACAAAAAUGGUCAUUUGGUCAUCCUUCUCUAUAGAGGUUAUGCAUUUUUGCACUUGACAAAUUUUGGUUUGAAAGAACUGAAUUUGUGCAAUUCAUCUGAGUCUCAAAUAAUGUGGACGGGUUAGUAUUACUUUGUCCCCUUACACUAUCAUAUUGAUUUCAUUUUGUACACUCAACAAUUGAUUUGAACACGCUGUACAUUCAAAUUUUUGAACUCGUGACAAUUUACAUGCG